AUGAAUAACUUUUCCCUUGCUUCCUCCACCACAUACUGCUGCUCUACUUUCUCUGGUAAGCCUUACUCCCUUUCCUCCACUCUCCCUUUCUACUCCAUCACCGCUUGCUCCCAUGACUCUGAAAACCCCACCACCACCUCCACCUCCACCUCCACCUCCUCAUCCCUCCGCCGCCCCACCAACAACAAACCACCCUUCAAACCCAUCACCACCAAUCCCCACCCUCCAAAACCCAAAACCAACAUCACCAAUCCCCUUCAAACACUUAAAAGAAACCCAAUUGGUAAUAAUAACAACUCACAAACCCUAACAGAGAAGCUUUGGUUAACCAGCAAACUCUCUCCCCCACCUCCACCUCCACCUCCGCCUCCACCAGCUCCACCACAACCACUGCCAGAUUCUUCUGCAUACAAAACUGAUUUGGAUGAAAUUGAGAAUAACAGUGAUUUGGGACCCACACGAAUUGAGUACAGUGAUAAGGGAAAAAUCUUUGUGGGGAAUCUUCCAUGGUGGAUAACAAAGAACGAGCUUGAAGAAUUGUUCAGACAAUUUGGACCAAUAAAGAAAGUGAUAUCAAUAAAGCGAUACAACGAUACUGAAAGAAACAUGGGGUUUGGGUUUGUAAUAUAUGCAGGUACAACAGCUGAAAAUUCAGCAAUGAAGGCAGUUGAAUUUGAUGGUAUGGAGUUUCAUGGGAGGGUGUUAACUGUAAAACUUGAUGAUGGGAGGCGAAUGAAGGAGAAAUCUGCAGAUAGGGCUAGCUGGAUUGCAGGGGAUGACACUGUAGAUUACAAGUCAAAAUGGGAAGAAGAGAGACAUGUUUCAAGAAAAGAGCUCAAAAAUGUGCUAGGAACUCAACCAAAAAAUUGGCAGGCUAUUGUUGACGCUUUUGAAACGAUCAAAAAGCCUUCCAGGACAGAGUUUGGGUUGAUGAUUAAGUAUUAUGCAAAGAAAGGUGACAUGCAUCGAGCAAGAGAAAUGUUUGAGAGCAUGAGGGGUAGGGGAAUUGAGCCAAACUCACAUGUAUUUACCACCCUAGUUCACGCUUAUGCAGUAGGUAGAGAUAUGGAGGAGGCUCUUUUUUGUGCAAGGAAAAUGAAAGACGAGGGGAUUGAAUUGACUUUGGUGACUUACAGUGUUCUUAUAGGAGGAUUUGCUAGAGUUGGUGAUAUAAAUGCUGCAGAUAAGUGGUUCAAGGAAGCCAAAGACAAGCUUACCACUUUGAAUGCAAUUAUAUAUGGAAACAUAAUUUAUGCACAUUGCCAAGCCUUCAACAUGGAGGGUGCUGAAGCCUUGGUUAGGGAGAUGGAAGAAGAGGGCAUUGAUGCUACAAUGGAUAUUUACCACACAAUGAUGGAUGGUUAUACAAUGAUUAAAAAUGAAGAUAAAUGUCUCAUUGUCUAUAAGCGACUCAAGGAAUGUGGCUUUACACCAAACGAAGUCACAUACGGAUGUCUUAUUAAUCUUUACACCAAGAUGGGAAAAGUUUCAAAAGCAUUGGAGGUGAGUGAAACAAUGAAAUGGAACGGGAUAAAGCAUAACAUGAAGACAUAUUCAAUGUUGAUUAACGGAUUCAUAAAGCUAAAAGACUGGGCUAACGCAUUUGCAAUAUUUGAAGAUGUUAUAAAAGACGGAUUAAAGCCAGAUGUUGUGCUUUACAACAACAUCAUCACAGCAUUUUGUGGCAUGGGAAACAUGGAUCGUGCAAUUACUACAGUUUCAGAGAUGCAAAAAGUAAGACACAAACCAACUUCACGCACAUUUAUGCCAAUCAUCCAUGGCUAUGCAAGAGCAGGAGAAGCCAUAAAAGCUAUUCAAGUCUUUGAUAUGAUGAGAAUGACUGGCUGCAUUCCAACUGUCCACACUUACAAUGCCCUAAUCCUUGGUCUUGUUGAAAAACGCCUGAUGGAAAGGGCUGUAAAAAUAUUAGAUGAAAUGUUGGUGGCUGGGAUUACACCUAAUGAACAUACAUAUACAACAAUCAUGCAUGGAUAUGCAUCAUUAGGUGACACUGGAAAAGCAUUUGAGUAUUUCUCUAUACUUAAAAAUGAAGGAUUGGAUGUUGAUGUGUUCACAUAUGAGGCUUUACUUAAAGCUUGUUGUAAAGCUGGAAGGAUGCAAAGUGCUUUAGCAGUUACUAAAGAAAUGCAUUCCCGAAAAAUCCCAAGAAAUACUUUUGUUUACAACAUACUUAUAGAUGGAUGGGCUAGAAGAGGUGAUGUUUGGGAAGCAGCUGAUUUAAUGCAACAAAUGAAGCAAGAAGGGGUUCAACCUGAUAUCCGGACUUACACAUCUUUCAUCAAUGCUUGUUGUAAAGCUGGAGAUAUGCUUAGAGCAGGGAAAACAAUGAAGGAAAUGGAGGCAGCAGGAUUAAACCCUAAUUUGAAAACCUACACAACCCUAAUCCAUGGGUGGGCCCGGGCUUCACUUCCUGAAAAAGCUUUAAAAUGUUUUGAGGAUAUGAAAUCUGCUGGAUUAAAACCUGAUGGAGCUGUCUACCAUUGUUUAAUGACAUCAUUGUUAUCAAGAGCUUCAGUAGCUGAAGACUAUAUUUACUCGGGAGUUCAACACAUUUGUGCUGAAAUGGUGGAAUCGGGUUUAACGGUUGAUAUGGGGACAGCUGUCCACUGGGCCCGCUGUUUAAGGAAGAUUGAAAGAGGUGGCGGUGAUAUCACUGAAGCACUUCAGAAGACGUUCCCGCCUGAUUGGAACUCUCAGAAUAUGCUUGAUGAAAUUUAUGGGGUGGAGGUUAGUGAUGGUGAUGAUGAUAAUGAUGAUGAUGGAUUGGUUUAUCAUGAUGAUGAUGAUUCUGAUGGAGAUUUUGAUUGAGUGUAUGUAUAUGUGGUGAAUGUUUUUGAUGGAAUAAUGAUUUAAUGAUUUGUAUUUUAUGCUAUGGGAGUUGUACAUGUUCUCCAUUAGUUUGAGGUGCAGUUGGUAAUUUUGUUAAACUGCAUACAUUAAUCACUAACUAGCGG